AGGAAGCCAAAUUUUCUCUCAACAACAGCUCUGCUUUUGUGCAGUAGCUAUAACAGUCACCUGAACAGAAUCAGGAGAAGUCAGAGAAUAUCAGUUUUCCCUGAAGGCUUCUCUUCACCUCAAUGUCUUCCUGCAAUGCCCUGAGCAGAGUUAGAAAGUUUUUCUGUCUUGCAGAUGAUGACAGUAAUGGACGCAUAGAAGAUUGGCCUGGUCCUAACAAAUCAGGGCGGAAAGAAAGACGUGCUCAGAGAAAGACUUUAAAGCUUGGUGUAACUGGAGUGGAAGGGGAAAGGAUGAGUUCACCCACUGAUGCCAGCAUGGAAGAAAUCCCUCUGGAAGAUGAAGAUCAAGACAGCAUGGAAUACAAGGUUGUAUUGGCCUUUGCCCAACGGCGAUUGUCCGCCAGCAAAUAUGGGCAACUUCUGGAAAAGGGGGUAAAGACACAGAGAGGAUUGCCCCAAGACCAAGGAGAAAUGGAAAGUGUUCCUCAAGCUCAUAAGACCAAGAGAAGCCACAAGGUGUCCAUCAAGGACAAAAAGCCCACUACCCUAAAUAAAAAGCAAAGGACAAAAACAUCUACCUGGAAAUGCCGGCUUCUCCCUUCCUGUUUGAGAAGAGAGACAGAAGAGGGCCCCCAGCAGCCAUCUGCCAACCAAGAUGAUAUGAAUGGACUGACCUUACAUGCAGCAACAGCUGGUAGGAGUGCUGAUGCUUCUCUAGGGCCAGAAGCUAGGGCAGAGACCAUCAGCCGUGUUGCAGACAGACUUGUCAAGAUAGUUCAUUCCAAAUCACCAUCAGAUUCUUCGGGAGUGGCAUUCAGAACAUUAGUGCGUACUCCAAGCCUAGAAGAAGAUGGGAAUGACACUGAAAAAGAUGAAGAAAAGAUAAUAGAAGCAAUUGUUGAUUUGUUAAGAAAAUCCGGAGAUGAACUGGUGACAAAGUUGGAACAGGACAGGACUUUCCAUCAGUAUGUCAUGGAUAUGUUUUCCUAUGCCUUCUUCAGAAAAGUCACUGAUCAGUUCUUGGAGGAUAUCCCAAUGGAUUCUAUAAAAGAGGAUGAAGACAAAAUCCAAUACACCAAAGUUGCUUUUACACUGGAAGUCGCAACUAGACUUACAGCUGUGGACAACCAUCCUAUGAAUCUGGUCCUGGGGUUUGGAUCAAAGUACCUCAAAGAACAUUUUAGCCCUUGGAUUCAAAACCAUGGUGGAUGGGAAAAGGCUUUGGAAUUGUUGGAUGAGGAAGAAGUAGAAUAAAUUUGAUUCACACUUCGGAGCUUUGGCAGCUAACCCAACCUAAAAAUGAAUUGAGAGGGGGAAACUUUGACCUUCCUCAAACCUGGGGGUAGGAUUGUUCUUCAAGUCACAUGCUGCAGAAAUAUUCUCUAGUGCAUAUGGAAACAAGACUUGCUGCCUUUCUUGUGAUGAACAGAUACCUCACCAUACAGGAAAUGCAACAUUGUAGCUCUUGUUAAUGUGAAUUCUGGUGCGGUGUUUGGUUAGUGAGAAGACCCAUUUUCUUCAGACCUUUAGCUCUGUUCUCAAUGUCCACCCCCAGAGAGAUCAACUUGUAUGAGCAUUUCUAACUUAGCCUCUCUGUUAUAAUGUACUACCCCCCCAUGCAUAUAAUAUACAUUAUUCUCAUAAGCAUUAAUUUUGCUAAUACAAGACUCUCAAAAAGGCGAAGUUAAGGAAUGUUAAAACUGUCCUCUGACCAAUAAAGAAAACUAUUUGUUGUAACAUUUUAAAAGAGGCCACCUGCCAGGGAAACUGUUCCCAAUAUUGUUUGAUUUGUAGCCCAUUUGGCUGAUAUUUGUUUAAUUGAAAAAAGGAGGAAUUUAGAUCCUUAGGUGUAGUUAUAAAAUUUGGAUCUUUCUCUCCCUAGCACGUGACUCCAUCUGUAAAUGGUUACACUUGGUGAAAAGACUUGGGUGUCCUUUCACUGUGGUCAGGAGAAACAUUGGUAACCAUUAGAUGGAGGAAACAGUGUAUUAAAAAUUCAUCUGAAUGAAAUUGGACCGACUCUCAAUUCUUUGUUAAAUAUGUUGGUCUUUAAGAGUGAGUGAGGACUGAUAGGAGCCAAAACUAACUUUCUAAUUAACUUUGAAAUGAUGGUAUGUAACAAACACUGGCCAAUCAGGUUGUCUAAUGUGUAUCAAAUAGGGUACCUACAAUCGCUAGUCACUUUCCAUAAGUUAGGAUUCAUACCUACAUUUCCUAAUCCUAGUUUGAAAUGCUCUGAAAAUAUCCAGCCAUACUUCUGUCUCUCUUUUUGCCCCCUCUCAUGGCAUCUUCUGUAGAAGAACUUAGAUUGUGACAAUCCUGCUGUAUUACAAUGAGUGUCUAGUGCUACAAGCAGAGGCAAAGCUGCAUUGUAAAUGUAAAGGGGAAGCCAUAAUAGUUUCAAAUCAAGAUACACCCUUUCACAAAGCCAGAUCCUCAACUGGCAUGGCUGAGCCACAUCUACCUCAUCAUACCAGCUAAGGAUUUGGUUCGCAGUAUUAAACUAUUGAAACUUCCUGUUUCUGUGCUAUGUCUGACUGGCUGAUAGAAUGGCAGUAAUUGUGUCUACCGAACACUGGUGUUGCAAAGUGAAUAAUUUUUUUGCACUAUUAACUCAGUUGAUUCAUGAAACAGGCUUAGUGAACCAGGCUUCAACACUAAAGCAAGAAGGUACAACUCCAUGGUAAAUGUCCUACACCUGUCUUUAAUCCACUGUAUGUUUUAGCUAAAGACCAGCUUUGUAGUACAUAAACUUCUGCAAGUUAGCUGGAUUCUGACUACUAGAAGCCAUAUUUUAUUUUAUUUUACUUUAUGUUUUCCUGGUUUCAGUAGCCAUUAGUUGGUGAAUAGGGUAUGGACCUUUUGUUGUGUGCUUUAUUGCUUCAAGGUAACCAUCAGGCCUACCUACAAAUCUGCCUCUUUUUUCUUUAGUUUGGUGCUACUUCUGGAUUAGUUUCUCAGUGGGAAAACAAGGUCAUAGAAAGAAAAGCACAGAGCUUGGAUGGAACACUUAAAACUUAGCCAUCUAAAACAAUAUUCAGCUGUAUUUUUAUUUUUGCACUGUGCUGCUGAGCUGGGAUGAGGGACUUUCUUUGGUAGCAUUAGGGUCCAAUAUGGAAAACCAUCCAAGUGAACUGUUUCUUAUUUAAAUGUUCUUCCAUUUGCCAUCCACAUCACUUCAUCUUGAAGUGCAACCUGCUCCUUUUUAUCUCAGGAAUGCGUGGUAACCUUCUUAUGCUGAGGAUGAUAGCUUUGAUCCACUGGAAGAAUAGCAUGUAAAGUUGUACACUGAUGCCACUGAAACUUGAUAUUGCUAUUGCCUAGAAUUAAUUGACCAAAUCCUUUUGGAUUGGCGGUCCAGUCUGUUAUCUGUAUCAAAUAAAACAGCACAAUAAAACUA